GAAAGAUACGAAUUCAUAACUUGUUAUAUAGAAAUGAUUAAACGACAAGCUCAACCUACCGAAAAGUUUUUAUUUGUUGACAAUGUAAUCACGCGUGCAACAAAUUGGAUUCAGCAGUCACGAAAUGGCACAGAGGAAAUUGAUUUUAAAUCUGUAUGUAACCUACUGAGUGAUGCGUAUCAUUCAAUUAAAGCAAACCCUGACGAAUUUACAUAUAGAGGUGCUGAAAGGGACUUUCCACUAGACAUUGAGGAUACAGUUGAAAACGAGAGUGUUUCCAGCGUAGGAUUGCCAACCGAAGGGAUCUUUAAUCAAACAGCAUUUCAACAUAAAUUUUCUAUGCUUGCUGAGAAAAUUGAGGCACUACCCCGUCGUCUUUCUGUAGAACAUGAUAUAGAAUAUAUUAGGAAGCUUGGGCGUGAUAUUGAAGGGAUAAAAAAUGAUUUAUUGGAAGUUCUACAUGUUGCCAAAUCGUUCGCACACAUCCUGAGCAUGCCCUCUAGACAGAACUCAGAAUUUCCAAAAAAUAUGAACUACACAGACUUAGAUAUCAACAGUUACGUACAACAGCUACAAAUGCUCGCUAAAACUGUCGAGGAAUUAAAAGUUGAGACUUCACGCCAACUUGAGAGUUUAGGCGAUCAACAAUCUCAACAAAAUGAUGAGAAUAAAAGACAGGUUAAAGAGUUUAACCUACUGCUUCAUAAAUUAUCCAAACAGAUACAUCUGAUUGAAAAUGAACUAAAAAGUGCGAUGGAAAAUAUAGAAAAAAAUACAACAGAUAUAAAACUUCAAGUGGAUGCCAGUUUAAGUGAUAUAACACAAGAGGUAAAAGCAGUAGUAGAAAAGUUAUCAAAUUUAGAAAACGUAACAACAACUUUAAAGGGAACUAUAGCUACUGAAAUAAGUAAACUUGCUGCUAGCAAUAAAGAAUCAGUAUGUCAGGUACAAAAAGAACUAUUAGAAAACGUUACAAGAACUUUAAACGGAACUAUAGCUACUGAAAUAAGUAAACUUGCUGCUAGCAAUAAGGAAUCAGUAAGUCAGGUACAAAAAGAACUAUUAGAGAACGUCACGGCAACACUGCAGACUACUAUAGCUUUUGAAAUAAAUAAAGUUGCUGUAAGCAAUAUGGAAUCAAUGAAACAGGUACAAUCAGCUCUACAAAACUUUUCAAAUCUUGAAAAAACACAAAUGACGACAACACUACACGGAACUACCGUUUCCGAAAUAAAUACUAGCACUGGGGAUGCAUCAGCAGAGGACGAAAUGAGCAUCUCUAAGCACAUUGAUCUUGUCCUAAUAGGCAAAACUGGAAAUGGAAAAAGCGCUACUGGAAAUGCAAUUUUACGAAAAUCAGAUGCUUUAUAA